AUGGCUGACGCUACGAUUGCCCCGGCCGUUGAGGACACGACGGUUGAUGCCCCUGCCGCAACCGGCAAGCAGGACAUCAACCCGUGGUCCGUCUCUGGAGAAGUCGGCGAGGAUGGCAAGGUCAAGGCCAUCGACUACCGGAAGCUCAUUGACGAGUUCGGCACCAGCUUGAUUGACGAUGCGCUGCUGGAGCGCUGGGAGAAGGUGACGGGAAGCAAGCCGCAUCGAUUUAUGCGCCGUGGCAUUGUCUUUAGCCACAGAGACCUUACGACAAUUCUUGAUCGCUAUGAGAAGAAUGAGCCUUUCUUCCUCUACACUGGACGAGGUCCUAGCAGUGACAGCAUGCACAUUGGACAUACCCAAGUGUUUGACUUUGUCAAGUGGCUCCAGGAUGUUCUUGACGCUCCCCUGAUUAUCAUGUUGACGGAUGAUGAGAAGUUCCUCUUCUCUGAAAAGCGAACAAUUGAGGAGGUCAUGAGCUACACUCAAACCAACGCCAAGGACAUCAUCUCUGCUGGCUUCGACAUGAAGAAGACUUUCAUCUUUUCGGAUUACGAGUUCAUGGGCGGUGCUUUUUACAGGAACAUUUCUAGAUUCUCCAAGAGGGUCACUUUCAACGUGGCCAAGGCCGUCUUUGGCUUCGACGGAAGCUCAAACAUCGGCAAGAUUCACUUCCCUAGCAUUCAGGGUGCCACAUCCUUCGCCACAUCGUUCCCCCACAUCUUUGGUGACGAUGAGAAGAAGACGGCCAAGAUCCCCUGCUUGAUUCCUUGCGCCAUUGAUCAGGACCCCUACUUCCGUUUGACGCGAGACUGCGCCGUGAGCCUUCGCUAUGCCAAGCCCUCUCUGGUGCACAUGAGAUUCCUGGAUGCCCUGCAGGGCCCUGGCUCCAAGAUGUCGGCCAGUGACGACACCUCUGCCAUUUUCAUGAAGGAUUCGGCCAAGGAGAUUAAGAACAAGGUCAACAAAUACGCCUUCUCGGGAGGUCGUGAGACUGUUGAGGAGCACCGCGAGAAGGGAGGCAACCCGGAUGUCGAUGUUUCAUACCAAUACUUGCAGUUCUUCCUGGAAGAUGACGAGGAAUUGGCCAAGAUUAGGGCAGACUACCUAAGCGGCAAGCUUCUGACUGGCGAGCUCAAGGCGAUAUGCAUUGCGAAACUCCAGGAGUAUGUCGGCGCAUUUCAAGAGAGAAGAGCCAAGGUUACGGACGAGGUUGUAAAGCAAUUCAUGGCCGUCCGACCGCUAGAAUGGCAGGGAAACCCCAACGUGCCCCGCGCGGAUCUCGUUGUACCGGUGGUUAAGGCAGAUGAAGCCGCUGCUUCGACAGAAGGUGGCCCCGAAAAAUUGACCAAGAACCAGCUGAAGAAACUGCUCAAGGAGCAGCAGAUUGCGGCGAAGAAGGCUGAGAAGGCGAAACAGAAGGAGGAGGGAGUGGCCAAGGCCGUGGAAGAGGCCAACUAG